CCAGCGACCUGCGUGCCUCUUACAAAAACGGCGCGUGAGAGAACCAUAGAAGACGAGAAGAGCGCCACACCACUACGCACUGACGGCAUUACCGAACAGCCCCUCACAUCCUUCAACCUUCGCGCAGAAACGGGGGGAUGCUGCAGGACGUCUCCACUUUUACGCACAGAGACAGACUUUUACGCACAGAGACUGAGUUUGACGCAUAGCGCCAGGAGCGCCGAUCGGUAAGCAGACAGAAAAAAUACUACAGAAGAAACUUUGUUGGGAUGCAGGGGGCCCUGAAGGAUUGCACCGGAGAGCGGGGCCCUGAGUUUUAAAUGGUAAUGCUGCACCUGUAGGAAAAUCUUGUAAUCCGACAUUUCUGAACUUUGAAACACAUCGUUUAUGGAAAAUAAUAUGACGACUAACAUGUUCGUUCCUUAAAACAGAGCAAGUAAUAAAUCAAAUAUAUUUAAUUAAAUUGCUCAAAAAAUCCAAAUAAGCAGUUAUGCCCCGACCUGGAAAGAACUCUUACAGCGACCAGAAGCCCCCGUACUCGUACAUCUCACUGACAGCGAUGGCUAUCCAGAAUUCAGCCGACAAGAUGCUGCCUCUGAGUGACAUUUACAAGUUCAUCAUGGACCGCUUUCCAUACUACCGAGAGAACACCCAGCGAUGGCAGAAUUCCCUCCGACAUAAUCUCUCCUUUAACGACUGCUUCAUUAAGAUCCCUCGGCGGCCCGACCAGCCGGGCAAAGGCAGCUUCUGGGCUCUGCACCCGGACUGCGGGGACAUGUUUGAGAACGGCAGCUUCCUGAGGAGACGCAAACGCUUUAAGGUGCUGCGCGCCGAGCACAUGGCCUGCAAGAGUUCCCCGAUGAUGCAUUACUUCCACCACCAUCACCACCACCCCGCCAGCAAGCUGGGUGCCGCAGGUGGCCACCACGAUCACCCAGCCGGGCACGCUAGCGCCGUGGGUCGUUUGCCACACUUCCAGAGUUACGGCGGCAUUACUUGCGCCCAGCCCGGCGGCUUUAAACACCCGUUUGCCAUUGAGAACAUUAUAGGUCGGGACUAUAAGGGCGUGAUGGCCAGCGGGCUGCCUCUCACCUCGGUCAUGCACCAUCUGGGUUACGCGGUCCCCCCGCAGCUCAGCAGCGUGGUCAGCUCCAUGUGGCCUCACGUCGGGAUGCUGUCCGACUCUAUGGGGGGCGUGCCUGUGCCCGCGUCCUCUGAGUACGCGCCCUUCAGCGUGUCAGCGAAAGGCCUUUACCACAACGCCAGCGGCCAGACGCUGCCCGCCGUCCCUGUGCCGAUAAAACCGACACCGUCUCUGGGUCCGGUUCCAGGUCUGACCGGGAUGCAGUCCGGCCCAGCGCAGCUCUGCUCGCCGCCAUCAGUGAUGGAGAAAAGCGAUCUCCUGGAGGGGAAAGGAAACCCUCUGCACCCGGCUCUCCUGCUGUCGUAACCGGGUAAAUGAUGGGGCGUUUUAUGUUGUUGUUGUUUUUCUUAAAUAAUAAUUGGACAAUAAUUGUAAUAAAAAAAAAAAUCCACAUGUUUAAAUUGAGUGCACCGAACCUGUGCUGUGUGCUAAAGUUUCCUUUGGACCCACUUUGAAUAAACUCCUAAUUUAUUUGCACAACAUGUGAGGGCAUUUUCCACACACUGGGAUGUGCCAUUACAUAUACAAUCAGACAAGAAGCGGCGCUAAACCCAAAGAAAGUUUGGAUUUCAAAGACAGACAGUCAAAAAUUAAUUCCAAAUAAGAAUCGGUACUUUAUUUUUGAUCCUUUUGUAUUGAUUUUACUGCAGGCCUUUGAUAAAAAAAAAGGCCUUUUUUUUAAAUUAGGCCUGGUGCACUUUUUGUGUGUUAUUUAACAAAGUGUGCAGUGUAUAAAAAUGUUAUGCUUGUAUUAUAACACUAUUUAUCUGAAAAUAUUUAUAAAGAACUUACAAUCAAAUA